AUGGCUUCUCGUUUGUUCAGCCGUCUAUUCCUUCGUCGAUCGCUCCGGAUCCUCUCGAACGCUUCCAACGUGUCAGUCCUGGAAUCCCAACAUGGGUCCACUUUGGAGACCUGGAAACAGUUUGAGCAAGUAGCGCAUGUGGGCAACGGGAGCCCAAAGGUUAUGUCGUGCGACGCCGAUACCGACGGUCAACCCUUCUCGCAAGAGGCCUGGAACGAUCAACUCCUACAGUUCAUCACUACUAACCGGCUGCCGUUCCAAUUUAUCGAAAAUCCAGCCUUUCGCCGCCUGAUCACACAAUCGGCGUCCGCUCCAGCUUUAAGCCCUCCAACCGUACCCUCCGCUGAUACAAUUCGACAUCGGUUGUCUACUCUUGUCAAAGAGCGUCAGCAGGAUACGCUCAAGAUGCUACCAGAGCAUGCGAAGGUCUCGGUUGCACUAGACUGUUGGACAUCUCCAUUUGGGCAGGCGUUUAUGGCUAUCACUGGCUAUUUUAUCGACGCCGACUGGGUGUACCGCGAGGUGCUACUCGGCUUUAAGCCCCUUUAUGGGACCGCAUACAGCAGUCCCAAAAACCAACAUGCCGAGACUCAAUGGUCAGAGCGUCAGAUGACCCUAGCCAAGGCGAACGCACAAUCUAACAACCGGGAGAUACCGUAUACCUUACAAAGAAUACGAGAUCUUACAGUCUUCAUCUGGGCUAGUCCUCAGCGCCGGGAGCCAUUCCUAAAGCUUCAACUUCCAGCCCUAGGGCUAAUACUAGUCCAGGAUGUUAAGGUUCAAUGCAAUUCAACGUUUCUUAUGCUUCGCCGAGCAAAGAGGAUCCGUUCUUUUAUUGUCACAUUCUGUGAAGACUACAACUAUCUAGAGCUCGCACUUGAUGAUGAUCAGUGGCGCCAGAUCGACUACCUUCUUUGCCUCACAAAGCCGUUCUUUGAUUAUACCCUUUCCCUUUCAAAGACGCGCGAUGUGACAUCGCAUCUUGUAUUACAGAUCUAUAACUUGCUCUUUGAACACAUUGAACGAUCAAAGAUACAGUUACAGCGAAAGCGUGUCGUUUGGAAGAAACAGAUGCUCAUCUCUCUCGAGGCUAGCCAUGCAAAAUUGCGCGACCACUUCAAAGAGACGGACCAUAUGCGGGGGCAUAUCUAUGCACUGUGUACAAUGAUAUCGCCAGAUAGUAGAUUCCAGUUCUUCCUUUCUGAUGAUUGGUCCGAAGCCAAAGGAUUACGCGAUCAGUACCGUGUCGCAUUCCGUGAUGUGACUGAUUUUGAGCCUCUCUCCUUCUGGAGAGAGGAUGAAUUCCGUUUCCCGGCUAUUACUGCACUUGCAAGGGAUGUACUCGCAAUCCCGGCAACGGGCGCUGGGGUAGAAAGUCUGUUUAAAACUGCACGCGAUAUCUGCCACUAUCCCCGCGGCUCUUUAAAGCCGCAUACUGUCGAAGAGCUGAUGCUGUACCUAUGUACAUCAAGAUUUAACCUUGAGGUGCAGGAAGCGAAGGAAUUUGAACAGUUCUUGAUAUCUGAUGACAUCCAGGUAUUGAUGGAAGAGAAGUAUGAGCAGUCAGGCGCAGAUGACCUCGAAAUUGAAGAGAUCAGUGAUACUAAAGAGCAGGGUGAUAGCUCUGAGGAUCUGACUGAUAUUGACGAUAGUUCCAACGAUGACGAUGCUACCAUCACUGCUAUAGCUAUAGCUGCACCGUCUUAG